AUGUCUGAAGAGGCUAUUUGGCAUGCUUGUCUUUACUGCUUGGAUAGCUCACUAAAUCUUCAAGAACCAGCUAAGACAAGCCCAGGGCCCAUAUAUCUAAGUUCUGCAGACAAAGCUUUUCCUUGGAAAGACAAGAAAUGGGUGAAAGGAAUAGGUGAAGGGAGACAAAAUGGAGACACUUUGGAUCAUGGAGAAGAUUGGCUAAAAAUGCAACGUGAUCGUAGAGAUAUCUUGAAUGCCACAUGCCUGAAGAAGUCUUUGUCAAGCUCGAAAUGGCAAAUGGAGCAUAGGGUUGCUCGGCAGCUCUUUGUGGAUGAGAAUCACAAAUUUAUCUACUGCGAAGUGCCCAAAGUCGGCUGUUCCAACUGGAAGAAAAUCCUUUUACUCCUCACACUCAACAUAAGCAGGAAUACAUCUGAAGUAAACUACAGCACAAUCCACACAACAAAUCUUCUCAAGAGGUUGAGUUCUUACUCUCCUGAACAGCAACUAGAAUUUUUGAGUACCUACACUAAAGUGAUGUUCACCAGGCAUCCUCUAGAACGAUUGGUCUCUGCUUACAGAGACAAGCUCUUGCACUCUGAGCCUUAUUACAGUAUCACAGUGGCAAACAAGAUUAAAGCAUUCUCCAAUAGAAAAAAUUAUACAACGAAAGUGACAUUCCAAGAGUUUGUAAACUAUGUGGUGGCAAGGAAUCCAAAAGAUAUGGAUAUACACUGGCAGCCUAUGUUUUUGCUCUGUGAUCCCUGCAACAUACACUAUGACAUUCUGGGAAAGUUGGAGACAUUGGCUCAAGAUGUUGAUCAUGUUCUUAGGAGAAUUGGUGCUCCAGAGAACCUCUACUAUCCAGAUUCUAAGUUUUAUGCUUCAGAAAAACGAACCAACAAAGAUAUCACUCUGAAUUAUCUGAGGGAACUGAGUUUUGACAAAAUGCAGACGGUCAAAGAGGUUUAUCAGAUAGAUUUAUCUUUGUUCAACUAUACUUUUACUCUGAAAACAGAUUUUUUUUUGUAA